GCUGCUGCCAGCGGCAGGGACCAGCCUCUCCGCAGCCGGCUCCGUGCGCCCCGGGACGGCACCAUGAACAGCCUCCCCGCCGACAAGGAGAGCAGCCCGGCCGAGCCCAGCCUGCCCGAGGAGGAGGUCCGAACUCUCUUUGUGAGCGGCCUUCCCCUGGACAUCAAACCGCGGGAGCUCUACCUGCUCUUCAGACCCUUCAAGGGUUAUGAAGGCUCUCUUAUAAAACUCACCUCUAAACAGCCUGUAGGGUUUGUCAGCUUUGACAGUCGCUCAGAAGCAGAAGCUGCUAAGAAUGCGCUGAAUGGAAUUCGCUUUGACCCCGAAAUUCCACAAACGCUACGACUAGAAUUCGCCAAGGCAAACACCAAGAUGGCCAAGAGCAAGCUAGUGGGAACCCCGAACCCGAGCACUCCUCUCCCCAGCACUGUACCUCAGUUCAUUACCAGGGAGCAAUAUGAGCUCACAGUGCCUGCACUUUAUCCCAGUAGCCCUGAAGUGUGGGCGCCGUACCCUCUGUACCCAGCGGAGUUAGCACCUGCUCUACCUCCUCCUGCUUUCACCUAUCCCGCUUCACUGCAUGCCCAGAUGCGCUGGCUCCCUCCCUCAGAGGCUGCUUCUCAGGGCUGGAAGUCCCGUCAGUUCUGCUGAAUACUGUGUAUCAGGUGUGUGAUGGUGGCUACAAUCAGUCUUGUGGGUAUUAAUGGAGCCUUUGAAGGUGGCUACUGGUUUCUCAUGCCCUCCUG